CCUAGAUUCUGCUCUUCGAGCAUGCCAAGAUAAACUGCUGGACAUAUUUGGGCCCCUAGCAAAAAUUUUUGAACUAGCUGAGUCCGCUAAGGCAGCUAAUGAGUCUGUGGACCCUGAGGUCCUCCGUGCCUGGGCACAACGUGCCAUUUGUAUAGCUGGGAAUGUCAACACUUCCCUGUCAAUAGAAAGACGUAAGGCGAUCUUAUUUAAGAUCGAGCCUAAAUUAGCUAAUUUAGCUCUGUCAGAAUCUGGUAGUGAGGCACAGGGCCUCCUCUUUGGUGACUCAUUCAUUAAAGACAUGAGCAAAUUUGUGGGAGCAUUCACGGCCCUUGACAAGGCCCAAUCCUCCAUGAAGAGGGUUUUCCACCCUCGUUUUUCUCACAGGGCCGGCAGCUCCAGGGGCCGUCUGUCCGGCCGCUCCUCUUUCCAGACCCGGGGCUCGGGUCGAGGUUCCUACAGCCACCGAUCCUAUUCAGAUAGAUCCUCAUUCCAGGACUCCAGACAACCGAUGGGUUUCUUCCCAUCCCGAGGCGCCCCCAAUCGUAGAGGUUUCCGUGGAAACUCCGGCUCCCGCCGCCCUUUUGGUAAGUGUACCACCACUUCUUUUUUCUCCACUUUGUGUAGGGGGCAGACUACGACAUUUUUCUCGUCCUUGGUCCGCCAUCACCACGGACACUUGGGUGCUCUCCACAAUCCUUGGUUUCCAGAUAGAGUUGGUAAGUUUUCCGUUUCUUCCCAACCCCCCCUACCCUAUGGCCACUUCAUCAGAGACCCUCUUCCACAUAGACAGGGAAUUGAUGGACCUACACAGAAAGGAGGCGAUCGAACGUGCUCCAGAUUACUCCGGAGGAGUUCUCAGCACUAUCUUUCUGGUGCACAAGAAGGGCGGCCAGAUGCGCCCAGUUAUCAACCUACGCCCACUAAACAGGUUUGUGCGAUAUCGACACUUCAAGAUGGAGGGCAUCCAUCUUCUCAGGGAUCUCCUACUAAAAGGAGAUUGGAUGGUGAAACUCGACUUAAAGGACGCGUACCUCACCGUCCCUGUAGAGGAAUCCUCCAGAGACCUGCUUCGCUUCAAAUGGAAGGGAGAAAUUUGGCGUUUCACUUGCCUCCCCUUCGGCCUUUCAUCGGCUCCAUGGUGUUUCACCAAACUCAUGCGGCCGGUGGUAGCAUGGCUCCGCAGUCGAGGAAUUCGACUAAUUAUCUACCUGGACGACAUACUUCUGCUGGCCCAGGACAGACAGACCCUUCUCUCACAUCUGGAACUCACUUCCAGCCUAUUAACCGGAUUGGGAUUCCUCAUCAACUACGACAAGUCCGUUUUGACACCAGCACGGAUAAUGGAAUUCCUAGGGUUUUCCGUGGAUUCGGUAACAGAAACCCUCAGUCUUCCGACGACAAAGAUCAAGGAGAUUCGCAAGGAACUACGCAGAACGCUGGACAUGCCCCGGAUUUCCCUUCGACAUCUGGCUCGAAUCAUCGGUCUUCUAUCGUCCUCCAUCCAGGCCGUUUUUCCAGCUCCUUUACACUACCGAGCCCUACAACGCCUGAAGACGGCGCAUCUUCACAAAGGAGCCACCUACGCGGAUUUUAUUUGUCUGGACGACGAAACUCGGGACGAGAUCCAUUGGUGGAUCGGCAAUCUUCAAGCCUGGAACGGGGAGGCGAUUUGCGGUCCCCGUCCGGAUUUCACAGUAGAGUCGGACGCCAGCCUACUUGGUUGGGGGGCCCACUGCGAGGGCAUUUCGACCGGGGGUCGUUGGUCAGUAGAAGAGUCUCCUUUACACAUCAACGCCUUGGAACUCCUAGCGGGCUCAUUCGCUAUUCGCAGUUUUGCGAAGGACAUGACCAAGGUUUGCAUUCGACUACGUAUGGACAACGUCUCCGCUGUCCGUUAUGUCAAUGCCAUGGGCGGUACCCAUUCUCCCAUGCUGUCUCAUUUGGCCAGGGAUUUCUGGUCUUUCUGUCUGAAUCGGGAACUUACAGUGGUGGCGGAAUACAUCCCAGGACUACACAACGUUCAGGCGGACUGGAGCUCACGCUAUCUCAAGGAUUCCAGCGACUGGAGAUUAGAUGCGCAGGUGUUUUCUACCAUCUCCUCAAUCUGGGGUCCUGCUUGCAUCGAUCUCUUCGCCUCCCGUUUGAACAAACAACUACCGAGGUUCUUCAGUUGGCGCCCGGAUCCAGAAGCGGAGGCUGUAGACGCAUUCCUUCAAGAUUGGUCAGAGGAUCUUCACUACGCGUUUCCGCCGUUCUCAAUGAUUCCGAGAACCCUGAACCAGGUCCGCUCCCAAUCAGCGGAGAUCAUCUUGAUCGUUCCGUUCUGGACCACUCAGUCAUGGUUUCCCAACCUUCUAGAACUUCUCAUCUUCCCUCCUUUUCUUCUACCAGUCUACCCAGAUCUCCUCUUAGGUCCGGAAGACGCUCAACAUCCUCUCCUUCUGGAGGGUUCUCUCCGAUUACUGGCGUGCAGAGUUUCAGGCGUUCCUACCAAGGCUAUGUCCUUUCGGAACCAACUUGGAGAUUACUGGAAGAGUCUUGGGCUCCUGGCACCAGACGGGCUUAUAGAGCGGCCUGGAGAUCUUGGUCUAGUUGGUGCGUGGACCGGGGUCUGGAUCCCGUUUCGGCCACUGUAACAGACAUCUUAA